AUCAAGUCAGUAUAGAGUGAGAGGCGCGGGCGUCGAACGCCGACUUGCCGGCCUCCAAAUUCCAACGGACUCAACUUUAAACACGUGCACCGUAACUUGGACCAUAGUUUAUAUAUGUUAAAGUUUAAUAUAAACUGUGUUUUAGUUUGUGGUAAUAGCGAAAUCGAAGCACAGUGACCUCUUGGCUUGGGUGCAGUGUUGUGCAAAAAUGAAUGAAGACAACACAGUUUCUGAUGACAUGAAGAGGCAGGCUGCUAUGUUCUAUAACUCCACUGAAAGAGAACAAGUAAAAGAGGACCGCACAUCAUCAUGUUUCUUCCGGCAGAGACGUUACGUUGUAGCUCUACUGGCUUUCUUCGGAUUCUUCAAUGUGUACGCACUAAGAGUCAACCUGUCAAUAGCGGUGGUCGCUAUGUCGGAGCCCAUAGAGACUAAACUAGAUAAUGGCACUGUUGUGUUUAUUCCAGAAUUUGAUUGGAGCACACAGACCAAGGGGUUGAUCCUCAGUUCCUUUUUCUACGGCUAUCUGUUCACACAGCUACCGGGCGGCUGGCUCGCUGCUAAAAUAGGAGGUAACAGGCUAUUUGCAGUAGGCAUAGGAGCGACAUCACUGCUCACUUUACUGACGCCACCAUUGGCGUAUACAAGCACAGCCUUGCUGAUAACCGUGAGGGUGGUCGAAGGACUAUUUGAGGGUGUGACGUACCCAUGCAUCCACGCGGUGUGGUCCCGGUGGGCGCCCGCCGACGAACGCGCGCGGCUGGCGACACUCGCGUUCAGCGGCAGCUACGCGGGCACCGUGGUGUCCAUGCCGGUCUGCUCGCUGCUGGCCAAGUAUACGGGCUGGCCUGGUAUAUUCUACGUCUUUGGUAUAUGCGGAUUGGUGUGGACGACCAUAUGGUGGCUGGUCGUGAAGGAAUCACCUGAAAAAGAUCCUCACAUAACGCCGGCUGAACUAAAGUAUAUACAGGACUCUCGAGGGACUCAGGCUGUCGACAGCUCCAAGGUCCGGCACCCAUGGAAGGCGAUUCUGACGUCAGCUCCCGUCUGGGCGAUAGUGAUGGCGCACUUCAGCGAAAACUGGGGCGUCUACACGUUACUCACCUUCUUGCCCACUUUCAUGAAAGAUGUGUUCAAGUUCGAAACAUCGCAAACUGGCUGGGUAGCAGCUAUCCCUUAUCUAGCAAUGGGCAUAAUGUUGCAAGUGGCUGGCCAGUUGUCUGACUGGUUACUGAGAAAGAGUAUCAUGACCAGAACGAACAUUAGGAAACUAUUUAACUGCGGCGCUUUCCUAUCUCAGACAAUAUUUAUGGUGGCCGCGGCGUAUGCGAGUUCUGUGGUCGGAUGCAUCGUUUUCUUAACGAUUGCGGUCGGCCUUGGAGGAUUCGCUUGGUCAGGAUUUGGCGUGAACCAUCUGGAUGUGGCGCCGCCGCACGCGAGCGUGCUCAUGGGACUGAGCAACACGUUGGCCACGCUGCCCGGCAUACUCAGUCCUCCGCUUGCCGGCGCCAUUGUACAGGACAAUACCGCGGAGCAGUGGCGGAUAGUAUUUUUCAUAACCAGCGCCAUCUAUCUUGUUGGCGCGAUAGUCUACGGCAUGUUUGCGUCUGGAGAGAAACAACACUGGGUCCUCGACGCGGAUUCGGACGCGAGCUUCGACACAGAUGGUGCCUCCGUCACUACGGCCAGGGGAUACGACAAUAAAGCUAUGGACAACAAUUCUGAGAUGUAAAUUAUUUAGGACGAAUUUCAUUGAAUUGAGAAAGGUGUGCAAAACUUCAACAGUAGCACCACCUCGUUAUAACGUAAAUAACAGCAAAUAGUUACUAGAAGACUACUUACAAUUGGUAGGGUUGCCAUGUCUUUUUAAAAAAAAUGCUGUAAGGUGAAAAAAAAAAAUGUUGAAUCAUUUGUUUAGUAUUGUCACAAUACAAAGUAUCAUUACACAAGAGCAACUAAUUAACUUAAUAAUAUUAUAAUAUAGUUGUAUUUUUGUCACUUUUUCAUUUAGUUAUGUUAUAAACUAACAUUGCACAACAAAAAAAAAACAUAGGAUUCAGGAACUAAGAAACAAAAGUAAUACUUAAAAAUUAUAUUCUAGCGUCCGACUUUAAUUGCAUCGUGUGCAUAAUUCAGUUGAAUGAAAUCGUUUUUAGGGAAAAAAAAAUAAUCAGAAAAGAAAUACCGCACUGUCCAUACUUCGGUACUUUUAUUAUACCGAGCACCGAACACAGUGCUGAAGUACCAAACGAUUCGGUAGAAUACCAAACACCUGGCAACUCUGGCAGCAAGUGACUUUAAAAAGCAUCCUAUAACAUCGGAAAAACUAAACUUUUUAAUAUUAUUCUACCUAUUACUCUAUCUAUUAGUCAGUACUAAAGAAAAAAUUGAAUUUUAUAUCCACAUUGUUUUACCCUUUCCACAAAGAAGCCUACCGCCAAUUUAUCCUUACGGGGCUAAAGUGGUGGUAGGUUUUCCUGUGAGAUAUUAUUUUGAAAAAGUCCAUAUCCCUGAUUACUUCAAUAAUAUUAUUAUAAUUUCAAUACUGACGAUGAAUAAUAUUCUAACAUUAUUUGACAGAAUACAUUUCAACAAAAUAAUACCUUAGUUAAUGUUUACACAUACAUACACUGGACAGCAAAUAAACCGGGCCACCCGUUACUUUUGAACUCUAGUCCGAUUUUUUCAAAAAGUGUAAUACUUACAAUUGUCAAAGUCAUACCUAUAGAAAGUGCGUUUCAUGACGAUUAUAAUUAAUAGGAACACAUUAUGAUUUAUCAAUUAAUUAAGUGUUUAUUAAGAAUUUUACAAAAAUAGGUCGUUUCCACUCGCGCAAAUCGUUUGUUAUCACCAAGUAAAAAACAAACGGUACUUUAGAUUAAAUUUUAGCCAUUUUGAUCGUCAUGAAACGCAUUUUCUAUAUGACUGGCAGUUCUAAGUUUUAUACUUUCUGAGAAAAUCGGAUUAGAGUUCAAAAGUAGCGGAUGGCCCGGUUUAUUUGCUAUCCAGUGUAUUUUUAAAUACACAAUCGGGACUUAACGCGACGUGGCCACGACGUGGUGCAAUCUACGUCCAAACGUCGGCAAUAAAGAAGCACGUAUGUAAAUACUAUUUACCUUUAAAAACUUUAUCAUCGCGUUAAGCCCCGAUUGUGGAUUUAAUAAUAAUACCUUUACGAUUGGCAGUGAAUCUUCCCCACUAAAUGUUGAUUGCUACGCUCAUACUAAUAGUAAUUAAAUGAAUAUUUAUUCUCUUAUUCACAAAAAUACUAAACCUGUUAUAGACUUGAAGGCGUGAAUUUACUGGGUACAGAGGAAUAACACCUGAGUCCUAAAGAAUAGCAACGCAUGGGGGGUAUCAUGGGCGAAAGAGUAUACUCUGUUAUGUCCAUGGUGCUGCUCAUGUCUAUAGGCGACGGUUACCACUUUCCACCAGGUGGACCGUCAGCUUGUUUGCCAUUCUAAGUAGCAUAAAAAAAAGACCUACUAUAACUAUUUAGCUGUUUUGUCUCUUUUGUAUUAAAUUCUAAAUUUUAAAUAAGGGACAAAACAGUGUUAUAGUUAAAAGAGGUUUGUAUAUUUUAGUUUUUAUGAAUAAUGAUGUUAGUUAAUAGUGUUUAUAACUAAAUAAGAAUUAUUAUCCAAUAGAAGUCCCACUGUUGGGCAUAAUACUCUCCCCAUAAAAUAAGGAUAUUAGCCUAUUAUCAUAGGACCAGCCAGGCAGCUUAUUACAGGGUUUUAUAACAAGUCUUCCUUCACUUGCACUGGUAUAUUAUGGUUUGAAUGUCUAUAGAUAAAAUGUGAUUAUUAACCGACUUCAAAAAGGAGGUUCUCAAGUUGAUUGUAUUUUUUUAAUAUUUGUUACCCCAGAACUCAGUUGUGAAUCGAUUUGGAGAAUUCCUUUUUUUAUCUGAAAUAAAAUACAUAUUGAUCCCAUAUAAGUUUUAACAAAAUCAGUUCAGCAAUUUAAUUUUUAAAUCGAAAUAUGUUUUUUUUUUUUUUAUUAUUAUUAUAUAUUUUUUUUGUAGAUCACAAUUAUUAUUAUUGCUAAUAAGUGCCUCACUUAAACUACCAUACCCUGUGUUUUGAAGAACCAAGCAACAAAUAUUUGGGUUAUCAACCCAGAACAUCUUCAAUUAAAAUUUGUAUUCACACUUCGUCCACACAUAGAUGUUUAUAUUUAUAAAUUGACCUGUAUAUAAGAUUUUCUAUGUAUUAUAUAGACUAUUGCUUAUUUGUGCCGUCCUGUAAGUCUAAUUUUAUUUGUCCAAGCUCCUAUUUUAAAGAGCAAUCAUUUUUUAUUUGUAAUUGAUAUAUCAUAAAAUCCUUGACUUAUUUAAAAAAUUGUUUCACCUAUAGAAUCGGCGAAUAACAUAUGCUAUAUACAAUAUUAUGUUUUUAAAAAGAGAUCUCUUUGAAAAUUACAAUAAUAUAACCCAAAUUAUAAAAAAAUUGCCUUUUAAAGCUAAUAUAAAAUACUUAAAUAUAAUAUAAAAUAAUUUGUUUAUCUAUCUAUCCUUUGCAAAACCGGGGCACAUCGCUAGUAUUUUAUAAAUCUGUUUUAGACUAUAUUUUCACAUACAUCACAUAAACAGAAAUUAUUACAUAAAUGUGAAUAUUGCUGACAUGAAUUUAAAAUAUUAUUCACAUAAGUGAAGGAUCUUAAUAUCCUAAAAGGAGUUUUAGUUAAAUGGUAUUAGUGAAUUAUGUCUACAUGGAAUGUGUAAGCGAUUAUAUGCUAUAUUGCUUAACGCAUGUGAUAUAUUUUAGUGUAAACAAUUUCUAGUGUUAAGUAUAUUAAUUUUAGAAUAAAAGAUGGUGUUUGUAUAUUGGACGUUCCUUGUAAAUUAUUUUAUACAUGUUUUUGUGAUGGAUAUUGUAUUAAACAAUUUAGAAAUAUA